AUGGAUAAAAUUCUUGGACGAGAAUGGAUGUAUGAGAGAAAGCAUCCCACCGGAGAAUUCAAUCGUGACUUUAUCGACGGGUUAGAUAUGUUUAUGAAUUUUGCUAUGUCAUUUCCCUCUAAAAUGGAUGGUUCGAAAAUUAGAUGUCCAUGUAAACAUUGUGAUAAUAGCAAACUUUUUUCUACUGAUACGGUGAAAGAGCACCUUGUGAGAAGGGGGUUUACUCCAAAUUACUAUGAUUGGAGAUUUCAUUGCGAUGUAGAAGCGUCAUCCAGUUCAAUACCGGGUGAACCUAUGCAUUUCGAUCCAUCAUCGGAUCCAUACCAACAUAUGGUACACAAUGUGUGGGGACAGACAGCCAUUCACGAGCCUUAUCAUUUUCAGGCGCAACAUUCCGAACAAUAUGUCCCGCCUACUUACAUGCCAGAAUCCCCCACUAAUGAGUCGCAACAGUUCUAUAAUUUAUUAGAAGCGUCUCAGGCCGAUUUGUGGGCGGGUUGUGAUUAUUCUGAGCUGUCAACAAAUGCUCGACUGAUGACUAUGAAGUCUGAACAUCGAAUGUCUCAACGAGCUAUUGACGAAUUGUGCCAAUUUAUGGAGGAGCGCCUGCCGAAACCAAACCGUAUGCCUAGUAGCUUCUAUAAGUGCAAAAAACAAAUGCAGGCCUUAGAUAUGCCGGUUCUUAAGAUAGAUUGUUGCAAGAGAGGGUGCAUGAUCUACUGGAGGGAAGAUGAGAACCGAACUGAAUGCAAAGUUUGUGGUCAGACCAGAUUUAAGGGUAAUGGCACAAGUCCACUCAAACAAAUGUACUAUUUCCCUUUAGGCUCAAGGUUGAGGCGUUUGUAUGUAUCCGAAAUUACCGCUCAAUCCAUGCGAUGGCAUGCAGAGCACAUCCAGACUCCAGGAGAGAUGUCUCAUCCGGCAGAUUCGGUAGCCUGGAAAACCUUUGACAAGAUACAUACUUUCUUUGCUUCUGAAUCAAGAAAUGUCAGGUUAGCACUUAGUACUGAUGGAUUUCAGCCAUUUGGUCAGACCGGUUCGCAGUACUCAUUAUGGCCAGUGAUUUUAACUCCAUACAACUUGCCACCAUUGAUGUGCAUGAAAGAUCCAUACAUGUUUCUUACAGUGAUUGUGCCGGGUCCGAAGAAUCCCAAGCAGAAUAUUGAUGUGUUUCUACAACCCCUGAUCGCAGAGCUCAACGAUUUAUGGACCGAAGGAAUCCCUGCAUAUGAUAUAUCAAGAAAACAGAACUUUCAGCUACGCGCAGCGUUGAUGUGGACUAUCAGUGACUUCCCUGCGUAUUCAAUGUUGUCAGGGUGGAGCACAUUGGACACCGUGCGUGUCCAUAUUGUAUGGAGGACUCACAAGCUUUCUCCUUGA